GAUAGAAUGGUAAUGGUGUGGUGAAUUCAAAUUGUUGAGUUUGGCGUCUCUGUCUUGAUGUUUUGAACGGGUGAGAUUCUAACGAUAAAUUAAUUUUAAUCUCUCCUCAAACCCACCAAAUCGAUCUCCGCUUUUGUUGGACAGAAAAUGGAUUCUGACUACUUUACACAGACCCAGGCUGGGACAUCAGCGUCACAAAACGGACCUUCCAAAUCAGGAGUAGCUGGUACCAUCCAUAAAGUCCAAAUGAAGAAUUUUAUGUGUCAUGAUAAUUUGGAAGUACAAUUGAAUCCCCGCAUAAACUUUGUGAUUGGUAAGAAUGGAAGUGGGAAAUCUGCAAUUCAAACUGCAGUAGCUGUUGGUCUUGGCGGCUCGGCACUAGCUACUAACAGAGGGUCUUCAAUCAAAGAUUUGAUCAAACAUGGGAAGAAGUCUUGCACAAUAACAAUCACAAUCAACAACGAAGGAGGGACAGCUUAUAACCCAAGUGUCUAUGGACAUUUUAUCAAAGUGGAACGAAUGUUUUCGGAAUCUUCCAGCUGCUAUAAAAUCAAAGAUGUUCAUGACAAAGUCGUUUCCCAUGAAAAAAGAGAGUUGGAGAGAAUAUGUGACCACUUUAACAUCCAACCAGAAAAUCCUCUGUGUAUAUUACAGCAAGACAUGGCAAGAAGUUUUUUGAACUCGUCAGAUCCUAAGAAAAAAUAUACAUUCUUUUUGAAAGCGUCCAGACUUGGUGAUAUAUCUAACAUUAUUGAAGAAAGUACUUUUAAAGCAGAAAAAAUCAAAGACAAUAUCAAAAGGAAAUUUCAGGUCGUGGAGGAAGCAUUCCAUGAUGUACUUGAAAUCAAAGAAAAACUUAAAAUAUUUGAGGAUGCCAGAGAGAACAGAGAAAAGUGUGCACAGCUGGAAAAAGAAGUAUUGUGGGCAGAGGUUUAUGAACACAAUCUGGAGCUGAAAAAGUUACAAAGGUAUUUAAGUAAAGAAACGCAGGAUUUGAAAAAUCUAGAGGACGAGUUAAAAUACCUUCAGGACGACAGUACUAAUGACAAAAUGAGGGAGUUGGAAUCAAAACUAAAGGAAAUAGAUAAGACAGUUGAAGAUGCUCGUACAAGUGUGGAAUCUGCUAGAUCAAAGUAUAUGAAAGAAAAAGAUUCAUAUAACGAAUUAGCAAGAAAGUUUCAGGGUGCAAAAGAGAAUAUGAAAUCCAUGAAACACAAAUAUGAUAGUUGUAUGACUGAAAUUGAAAAGCUUGUUAAAAGUGCACCCGAAAUUCAGCAAAGACAAGAGAGUCUUAAAGAGGAGUUGAACAUGAAAGAGAAGGAGUUGGAUGCUCUUGGAGCUGCUGACGCCACUGCAGAACAUGACAAAACACAACUCAACGAUACAAUUGAUGCGUCUAGAAGAGAGUUGCAGACAUGUGAACAGAACCUCAUGAACCUGAAAAGGAAAAAAGCCAAGGUAUCUGAUCAGCUAAAAGAGCUCAGUAAAAGUUCCAAUGAUCUGAUUUUCUAUGGGGAAGCAAUCGUAAAAAUUGUAGCAGAGAUUGAGAGGGCAGCAAGAUCAAAUAAGUUCAGCAAGAAGCCGAUCGGACCUAUUGGCAGGCACAUAAAAGUGCACGAUCCCAAAUGGGCACCUGCUGUUGAGAAUUUUAUGUCCAAAGGGUUCUUGUCAUCCUUCUGUGUGGAUAAUGCCAGUGACUCUGCUACUCUUGCGAAAAUAAUCAAACCUAUAUGUGCUUCCUACAGAAUAGCUCCUCCCCCUAUUGUUUGCAGCAAGUUCCUAUCUCGUGCACACAACAUCAGUGCCAAUGAGACUGGCACAAGGGAACUGGUCAGUCUGGUCGGUGCUCUGGACAUUGACACUCCAGUGGUGGCCAACUGUAUCAUUGACCAACUAGAGGCAGAGUCAGUGCUUCUCAUACCUACCAACGCUAUGGCUUACGACCUGCUGGAUGAGGAACACAAGGUACCAGCUCACUGCAAGAAGGCUCUAACUAUGACUGGCGACCAGUUCAUCCCAGCUCCCAAUUACAAAUCUUAUUCUGCCUCAAGUGCCAAUCUGAGAGCCACACUACUACAUGCCAAGCAGGAGGAUCUAAUCAAUGAAUGCUCCUUGAAAUUAAAUGAUCUUACUCAAAAUAUCAACCUAGCUGAGAAAGAAAAACAAAAAAUACAACACCACCUUGGGGAAUUGAGUUCUUCAAUGAGGAGGAGUGAUCAAGAAUUGAGGAAUAUCAAAAAGAAGAUGUUUGACACUGAACAGCGGAUUAUGGGAAUCAAAAAUGAGUUGCAAGAUUCAGGCGGCCAAACUAAUGUUGCGUUUUUGGAAGAGGAAUCCAGAGAGUUGAAAAGCAAGUAUGAAGCUCAACAUCAAAAGUGUGAGGAGUUGAAAAAUGAAUGCGAGAGUGUAAAAGAGGUUUACGAAGAAAGUAAAUCUCUUUACGAAAACUUAAAAAGCACAAUUGAUGAGUCAAACAGGCAGAAGGUUCCACUUCAGAUUGAGAUCCAGAAAUUAACAUCAUUAAUGCAAGAAACAGCAUCAAAGGAAAGAUCAAUUAAGGACCAGAUAAAAAGGUCAACAAACAGAAUAGAGACGAUGGAAUCUAAAAUAAAAGAAAUUGAAGAGGUUUUGGCAUCCACUAAGGAAAAUGCUAGCCAAGCUUGUGGCGAAGAGAUCAAAACCAGAAGGUCUAAGGAAGAAGUUAAAACAGAGCUCAAAACAGUUAAAAGAUUUUUAACCAGUCUUGAAAACCAGUUGGGUGGAUCUGAAGAAGAGCUUCAAAACACUUUGAGGGAAAGACAAGCUUCGUUUGAUUCCGUCACCAACCAUUUGAAUGAAGUUCGCAAGUUUGUUAAGAAACAACUUGAUACCUUACUUAUGAGGAAACAGAGGCAAUUAAAACUACAAAAGAUAAUGAUGAGUACAGCCAAACAUCAUUUCCAAAUGGCCCUGAAGGAACGGAACUUGGAGGGCAAGUUGCAGUUUGAUGUUCCGAAUAAAAGUUUGGAGAUCAAAAUAUCUCGUCCGGAAAAUGAAGAACAAGGAGGGAAAAAUCGGGACACAUUUUCUCUUUCUGGUGGAGAGAAGAGUUUUGCAACUGUGUGUUUCAUCAUGGCACUGUGGUUGGAGAUAGAGUUGCCAUUCCACUUCAUGGACGAGUUUGACGUGUUCAUGGAUGGUAUCAAUCGGAAAGUGGUGAUCGACAUGUUGCUUGAUCACGCGAACAACAGUAACCAACAGUUUAUCUUUUUAACUCCGCUUGAUGCCAGUAGCAUACCAACGUCGGACAACAUAACCAUACACAGACUCAAACCACCAAGACAGUAACCCAGUAUUCGGCAGUCUCUCUACCAAUAAGAAAAGAUGUGGUUCCUCUAUUCUAUAUAGUUUUUUUUAAAUAUUCCUUCUUGUUAUUUACCUUACGUUGGCUUGUAAUCAUGAGCAAUUCAGGCUAAACCUAAAAGUUUCCAUUUUAAAGCUGCUCAUUAGAUAAGUUAUUUGUUAUUGAAGUAAACAGAUAUUUUACUUUACCAUUUGUAUUUUGUUGUUUUUGUACACUUGUGAUCAAACAGAUUCUAUGAUGUUAAUAAAUGUGUCAUUUG